AUGAAUGACCUGCUGAAGGUGCCGCUGGUGCACGUCCUCACCCUGGCAGCCCUCAGCUUGGCUGAGACAGUUCUGAAAGCUCCUUUGAUCAGCACUCCUCUGGAAACAGUGGAUGCCCUGGUAGAAGAUGCUGCCAAGUUUGUCUGUGUAGUGGAGUCAUAUCCUGAGCCAGAGAUCACAUGGACGCGCAACAGCAUUCCCAUCAGGCUGUUUGACACACGGUACAGCAUCCAGAGGAAUGGGCAGCUGCUGACCAUCCUGAGUGUGGAGGACAGUGAUGAUGGGGUGUACUGCUGCACAGCAGAUAAUGGAGUUGGAGCAGCUGCACAGAGCUGUGGGGCUCUCCAGGUGAAAAUGCGACCCAAAAUAACUCGUCCACCUGUAAAUGUGGAAAUAAUAGAAGGAUUAAAGGCUGUUCUUCCAUGUACUACAAUGGGGAAUCCAAAACCUUCUGUUUCAUGGGUCAAAGGAGAAACAGUUGUAAAGGAGACUGCUCGCAUUGCUGUCCUCGAUUCCGGGAAUUUAAGGAUACACAAUGUUCAGAGAGAAGAUGCAGGACAGUAUCGUUGUGUAGCCAAGAACAGUUUGGGCACAGCCUAUUCGAAACCUGCAAAUGUGGUAGUGGAAGGUGACAGAACACCUUUGUCUUCUCUUACAGUGUUUGCCAGAAUCCUGAAGGCUCCUGAAUCCCAAAACAUCACCUUUGGGUCCGUGGUGACAUUGCGGUGCACAGCGACCGGCAUUCCAGUCCCUACUGUCACCUGGCUGGAAAAUGGGAAAGCUGUUUCUGUGGGGUCGAUAGCAGAAAGCGUCAAGGACAGAGUGGUUGAUUCCAGACUGCAAGUGUAUGUCACCCGACCUGGCCUGUUCACUUGUCUUGCCACAAACAAGCACAGCAAAACUUUUGGAGCCGCAAAAGCAGCAGCAACCAUCAGCAUUUCAGAAUGGAGCAAGCUGUACAAGGGUGACGCAGGCUACUGCAGCACAUACAGAGGUGAGGUGUGUAGUGCUAUCUUGGCGAAGAAUGCUCUUGUUUUCUUCAACUCCUCCUAUGCUGACCCAGAGGAGACCCAAGAGCUGCUUGUGCACACUGCCUGGACUGAACUGAAAAUGGUGAGUUCAUUCUGCCAACCGGCUGCUGAGUCUCUGCUGUGUAACUACAUCUUCCAGGAGUGCAAUCCCUCGGGAGCUGGGCCAGCUCCAAAGCCAGUGUGCAGAGAGAAUUGCCUUGCUGUAAAGGAUCUCUACUGCUUUAAGGAAUGGCUCUCAAUGGAGGAGAACUCCCAGAAGGGGAUUUACAAGCCAGGGCUGAUGCUGCUCACUCUUCCUGAAUGCAACAGGUUGCCCAGCCUGCACCAGAAUCCCAGCUCCUGUACCCGCAUCCCUUUCUUUGCAUUGUUAUCACUGGGAACAAGGCAACCAAGUGGAGAGACUCUAAAUCUUCCCCCUCCUCCUCCAUUUUCCCCUACAUACUCCAUGACUGUUAUCAUCUCGAUCAUCUCCAGCUUUGCCCUGGUCGUGAUCUUUGGCAUUAUCACCCUGGUUUGCUGCCGUCGUCGAAAACAGUGGAAAAACAAAAAAAGAGAGUCGGAGACACCAACUCUCACCACUCUGCCCUCCGAACUGCUCCUGGACCGGCUGCACCCCAACCCCAUGUACCAGCGCAUGCCUCUUCUCCUCAAUCCAAAAUUGCUUAGCCUGGAGUAUCCCAGGAACAAUAUUGAAUAUGUGAGAGAUAUUGGGGAGGGAGCAUUUGGGAGAGUCUUCCAGGCCAGGGCCCCAGGGCUGCUGCCAUAUGAACCUUUCACCAUGGUAGCAGUGAAAAUGCUGAAGGAGGAAGCAUCUGCAGAUAUGCAGGCUGACUUUCAGAGGGAAGCAGCUCUCAUGGCAGAGUUUGACAAUCCGAACAUCGUCAAGCUUUUAGGCGUGUGUGCGGUUGGGAAGCCGAUGUGCCUGCUGUUCGAGUACAUGGCCUACGGGGACCUGAACGAGUACCUGCGUGACCGCUCGCCCCGCAACCUGUGCAGCCUGGCGCAGGGCAGCCUGGACACGCGGCUGCGCCUGCCGAACCCCCUGGCGCUCUGCUGCACCAGCCAGCUCUGCAUUGCCAAGCAGGUUGCUGCCGGCAUGGCCUACCUCUCCGAGCGCAAGUUCGUCCACCGGGAUUUGGCCACCAGAAACUGCCUGGUGGGGGAGAACAUGGUGGUGAAAAUUGCAGAUUUCGGUCUCUCAAGGAACAUGUAUUCUGCUGACUAUUACAAAGCAAACGAGAACGAUGCCAUCCCCAUCCGCUGGAUGCCCCCUGAGUCCAUUUUCUACAACCGCUACACCACGGAGUCUGAUGUGUGGGCCUAUGGGGUGGUGCUGUGGGAGAUAUUCUCCUACGGCAUGCAGCCUUACUAUGGGAUGGCUCACGAAGAGGUCAUCUACUACGUGAGGGAUGGGAAUGUCCUCUCCUGCCCCGACAAUUGUCCUCUGGAGCUCUACAACCUGAUGCGCCUCUGCUGGAGCAAGUUGCCUGCCGACCGGCCAGGCUUUGCCAGCAUCCACCGCAUCUUGGAGCGCAUGUACGAGAGGGCCGUGGCCAACAUGUCUGUCUGA